UUAUUUUUCUCAACGCGAUGAAAAGUACUUCCAGCUAGUAGUAUGAAGAUGGUUAAAAACCCGUAAACGUAAACCCUAGUAGUUUAAAUAGCCUCCAGCUUUUCCUGUUGCGCUCUCUCUCUCUCUCUCAACGCAACUCAACAUAACACAAAUCGGAAGCCACUUACUCUGUUCGAUUCUCGUUGGUCUCUUUAUCGCUCGCGCUCUAAACCCUAGAGGACGCUAUUUCUAGGGUUUAUAUCUGAACUUGUAAUCGCUUUCGUAAUUCUUGGAUUGCGCGCUGAUCGGAGUUGUAGCGGAGGUUUUUUGAUCGAAUUUUCGGUUCCAUGGAUCUUCCCAGUCUUGCUGUUAUACUCCAAGCCGCUCUCAGUCCCAAUCCAGAUGAACGGAAAGCUGCUGAGGAGAGCUUGAAUCAGUUUCAGUAUUCGCCUCAGCAUCUUGUGAGGCUGUUGCAAAUCAUUGUUGACAACAACGUUGACAUUGGUGUACGACAAGUGGCUAGUAUUCAUUUCAAUAACUUUAUUGCGAAAAAUUGGUCUCCUCUUGAUGAAACGCAGCAGCAGAUUUCACAGAGUGAUAAAGAUGUGGUGAGAGAUCACAUUCUGGUCGUUGUAACCCAUGUUCCUCCUCUGUUGAGGGUACAACUUGGCGAGUGCCUUAAAACAGUUAUACGUUGUGAUUAUCCUGAGCAGUGGCCACGUCUUCUUGAUUGGGUGAAGCAUAACUUACAGGAUCAACAAGUCUAUGGGGCAUUGUUUGUGCUCCGGAUUCUUUCAAGAAAAUACGAUUUCAAGUCCGUCGAGGAAAGGAUCCUAGCUUAUCGCAUUGUUGACGAGACAUUUCCUCAUCUUCUCAAUAUAUUUAAUGGUCUUGUCCAGAUUGUUAAUCCAUCACUUGAAGUAGCUGAUCUAAUCAAGCUUAUCUGUAAAAUAUUCUGGUCUUCCAUUUAUUUGGAGAUUCCUAAGCUGUUGUUUGAUCAAAAUAUCUUCAAUGCUUGGAUGAUGCUUUUUUUAAAUAUAUUGGAGAGACCUGUACCCUCUGAAGGUCAGCCUGUUGAUCCUGAUCUUAGAAAAUCAUGGGGUUGGUGGAAGGUCAAGAAAUGGACAGUUCACAUUCUAUAUAGGCUCUACACUCGUUUUGGAGACUUGAAGCUUCAAAACCCUGAAAACAGAGUCUUUGCCCAAAUGUUUCAGAAGCAUUACGCUGGGAAAAUCUUAGAGUGCCAUUUAAAUCUAUUAAAUGUUGUUAGAGUAGGGGGCUAUUUACCUGACAGAGUUAUCAACUUGAUUCUUGAAUAUCUAACCAACAGUAUCUCAAGGAAUAGUAUGUAUACUCUGCUGCAACCACGGCUUGAUGUCCUUCUUUUUGAAAUAGUGUUCCCCCUUAUGUGCUUUAAUGAUAAUGAUCAAAAGCUUUGGGAUGAAGAUCCUCACGAGUAUGUAAGGAAAGGCUAUGAUAUUAUUGAAGAUUUGUAUAGUCCUAGGACUGCUUCCAUGGAUUUUGUGAGUGAGUUGGUUCGGAAACGGGGGAAAGAAAAUCUUCAAAAAUUUAUUCAAUUUAUUGUUGAAAUUUUCAGAAGGUAUGAUGAAGCUUCUGCAGAGUACAAGCCCUACAGACAGAAAGAUGGUGCCCUCCUUGCGAUUGGGGCACUUUGUGACAAAUUGAAGCAGACUGAGCCAUACAAGUCUGAACUCGAGCGAAUGUUAGUGCAACAUGUCUUUCCCGAGUUCAGCAGUCCUGUUGGCCACCUUAGGGCUAAGGCAGCAUGGGUUGCUGGACAGUAUGCCCAUAUUAACUUUUCAGAUCAGAACAAUUUCCGAAAGGCUUUGCAGUGUGUGGUAUCCAGAAUGCAGGAUUCAGAACUUCCUGUGCGUGUUGAUUCCGUUUUUGCUUUGCGCUCUUUUAUUGAAGCUUGUAAAGAUUUGAAUGAAAUUCGUCCUAUUCUUCCUCAACUCCUUGAUGAGUUUUUCAAACUUAUGAAUGAGGUUGAGAAUGAGGACCUUGUGUUCACAUUGGAGACUAUCGUGGACAAGUUUGGGGAAGAGAUGGCCCCUUAUGCACUUGGGUUGUGCCAAAAUUUGGCUGCUGCAUUUUGGAGGUGUAUGAACACUGCAGAAGCUGAGGAUGAAGCUGAUGAUCCAGGUCCUUUGGCUGCUGUAGGUUGUUUACGUGCUAUUAGUACAAUACUUGAAUCAGUGAGCAGGCUUCCUCACCUUUUUGUUCAAAUUGAGCCAACUUUGCUUCCUAUAAUGCGCAGAAUGUUGACAACUGAUGGUCAAGGUACCUCUCCCCAUGCUGCUCUCUCUCUCUCGUGACAAUCUUUGUCCUAC